UAAAAAUUGGUGAGUCAGGCAUACGCCCCUUUCUGGCAACGAAUGACGUCACAUCAGCCGAAAAUGGCGGACACAGACUUGAAUGUUGACAGCCUCAUUUCCCGACUUCUUGAAGUGCGAGGAUGUAGACCUGGUAAAACUGUUCAGAUGACAGAUGCUGAAGUAAGGGGCCUGUGUCUAAAAUCCCGAGAAAUCUUCCUCAGUCAACCUAUCUUACUGGAGCUAGAGGCACCUCUUAAAAUCUGUGGUGAUAUCCACGGUCAGUAUACAGAUCUCCUCCGUCUAUUUGAAUAUGGAGGGUUUCCCCCGGAGUCUAACUACCUUUUUCUGGGGGAUUAUGUGGACAGAGGGAAGCAGUCACUAGAAACAAUCUGUCUUCUUUUAGCCUACAAAAUCAAAUACCCAGAAAACUUCUUCCUGUUGAGAGGGAAUCAUGAAAAUGCCAGCAUUAACCGAAUUUAUGGAUUUUAUGAUGAAUGUAAGAGAAGAUUCAACGUUAAGUUAUGGAAGACAUUUACAGAUUGUUUUAACUGUUUACCGAUUGCUGCCAUCAUAGAUGAAAAAAUAUUUUGUUGUCAUGGAGGCUUGUCUCCAGACCUUCAAUCCAUGGAACAAAUCCGGAGGAUCAUGAGACCCACAGAUGUUCCAGACACAGGUUUACUAUGUGACCUUCUGUGGUCUGACCCUGACAAAGAGGUUCAAGGCUGGGGAGAAAAUGACAGGGGCGUGUCUUUCACAUUUGGUGCAGAUGUUGUUAGCAAAUUCUUAAAUCGUCAUGACCUAGAUCUUAUAUGUCGUGCCCAUCAGGUAGUUGAAGAUGGGUAUGAGUUCUUUGCCAAAAGACAAUUAGUAACGCUAUUUUCAGCUCCAAAUUACUGCGGGGAAUUCGACAAUGCUGGGGGGAUGAUGUCAGUUGACGAGACUCUAAUGUGUUCAUUUCAGAUCUUAAAGCCUUCAGAAAAGAAAGCAAAAUACCAAUAUGGUGGACUAAACUCAGGGCGACCAGUAACACCACCUAGAGGGCCACAGCAGCAGCAGAAAAAGUGAAAGUAGGAAAUAAAAAUAAACCAGGGAGAGACUACAAAAAGAAACAAAAAAAUCACUUUAGCCAACAUAUCAUCACAGGACAAUUUAACACAGUCCAGAAUCAUCCUAAAUGGACUUUAGACAAACAAGCCAGUAGAUUAUAGAGUAUUCUGUGGUCUCAGGUUCUCUUUAGGUAUGCUCUGGUCGUGUAGGAGAAGAAGCAUCCCAGGGAAGAUGGAGUUUGGAAGGAAGUGAGGAUUGAAUGUGAUCAAUUUUUGGAAGGAGCAAUUUCAAACUUACACAAUAUAGGAUGAAAUCAGAGCUUUAUCAUUUUAUUUGUACAUUGUGUAUCUUUUAUAAUGAGGCAAUAUCAAAUUUUUUAUCCAUGUUCCAAUGGGUUUCUGAUUGCAUACAUAUUAAAUGAACAUGAAUAAGGUUUAGAGCCCUUGUAGUGCAUAUUCCCUUGCUGUAGACAUAAAUAUAAACAAGACUGUAGAAAUGUCGGAAUACUGUAGAAAUACCAGAAUUUCUGUGUAAACCGUAAAUCAAGCUAAACUGUGAUAAUUUGUUGUAUUUCAACAGAAAGAGUAUGCCACAAAACCACAGUUAAAAAUUAAUGAUAAAUAGGACAGAAUUUUACAAAUCUCUUAUAUGAUAAGUCCCUGAAAGUGUGUGUGUAGUUUUAUGUUUGUGUGGAGUGCUUGUUCUAAACAUGAAUUAUGGGAUAAAUGUCAGUGUUUAUAUCUUUGAGAUAUUGUCAUUGUGUACUUGUUUGUAAAAUUGUGUGGAAAACUGGAACUGAAAUAAUAACUAAAAAAUAAAAAAAAGAAAAGAAAAAAAGAAAAUCAAAAUUUUAUAAAUUAAGAAAGAGUCAAGUGCCAAGGAGGUGAAGCACUUUUUAACUCAAUUCUAUGUAAGCACAAUAACUAUAUUUUGUAAUUGGAAAGACAUGCAACACAGACAAUGUUUUUUGGUUAUCUGUAUGGUAUGAUUAUGUAGAAAUUUGUGUAUUGGCCAUAAUAUGUGUUUAAGGUUCAUUUACCUUCUGAUAAGGGAGGUAACUCUCACUGGCAUUAAUGACUAUUAUUCCCUUAAAAAAUUGUCAAGUUAAAAGGCAAUUUCUGAUAAAUUUUGCAGCGUUAGGUAUGCUGUAAUUGUUCAUCUUUCAAUUAUAAUUAAGAUUUCUUUUGGGAAAAUCAUCAUUAAAACAAAAUUUUAUGUAAAUGAACAGGGGGGAUGAUAACCUGAAUUUUUUACCCUCAAAAUAAGACAUGUUUGUGGUAGGAUACACUGGAAGUUUUAACAUGUAACUGUGUAUGAUAUAUAUGUAAGCGUUACAUUACCUGUUCUUUAUGUUAAUCAUGAAAGACAUAAUUUAAUGAGACAAAAAUAUAUAUAUAUGUGGUUGAUGUGCAUUGAUGAAAUAGUUCAUGCACUAGAAAAUAGAAAGUAACUGCAUGGGUGUUCCUUUAACGCAAAAGUAAGGGUUGUAUAACAUUUUUUGCCAUAAAUCGAAUCAUGCAUACAAUUUCAUAUCUACUAACAAAAAUCAGAUAGUGAAGUCUGUAUGGGUAGCAUUUGUUUACUGUGCUUUGUUUUGUGUUUUGUGGCCGAGUUGUAUCCUUUCCGUGUUUACGUUGUCCUUCUCUAUACCAUAUUGUAUUCUCUAAACUUUGUGUUACGUGGAAGUCUAUGCAAUGGCAUGCUGCAAUAAAAAGACACCAAGAAGGAAACCUAACUCUGUGCUAUUCUGAUUUUGUAUUGGUGGAGUGAGACAUAAUCUGUCAAUAUAUCUAGUGAUCUUUUAUGAUGUGAAUGGGAAUUUUUAAGAUUUAAUCCGAAUCAUUAAGUUGUGUGUGUAUAAAACUGAAAUAGAUCUGCUGUUGAUUAGGAUAGCCAAAUUUUAUAUAUAUCUGGUUUGUUGUUUUUAAUUUACGUCACCAUAAACUCUGAUCAAUGAACAAUAUUGCAUAUUAAACUAUUUCUAUAUUU